GUCCAAGCAAAGCAAGGGGGCGGCUCCAUUUCCAUACGUAACCGGUCCCAGGCUUGAAAAUCCGUUUCCGCUUGUGUAAGACGCAUACGCUGUGAAAAUACGGUCCACUCUGCCUCCCCCCUCCGGACUAGAUCUGGCUUCCUGGAAGAGACAGCCAGCUUGAGCUCCCCUUCCGCACUAGCCGUCCACCUGAGACCCGGACCAGUGGCCGCCGCCAUUGAGCUCCAGCCGGACCGAUCCGCUCUUCAGGUACGUGGUUCGAGACACUGGAAAUCUAGAUGGGGAGUAUCAUGAAACUAUAUUAUGAGUGGGAAAUCCAGGUGCUUGUGCUCCUUAGCUUCAUGCUACAAAUGUUCCUCUUCUUCGCUGGCAGCCUUCGGCGGCGUACCAUCAACUCGUUUCUCAGGUUCUUCACAUGGAUAGCUUAUCUGGGCGCGGACUUAGUGGCAGUUUACACCCUGGGCUAUCUCUCACGCCAUGAGGAUGCGACCACCGGACUAUCUUUCUUCUGGGCACCAUUUCUUCUCAUCCAUCUUGGUGGACAGGACACCAUUACUGCUCUCGCCAUGGAGGACAACAAGUUGUGGUUGAGACAUUUACUGACUCUGUUUAUGCAAGUUGUCCUAGCUUUAUAUGUUUUCUGGAAGUCUAUUGACAAACACGGCGUGGAGCUUCUAGUUUCAGAUGUCUUUGUGUUUGCUGCUGGAAUUAUCAAGUAUGGAGAAAGGGUAUGGUCUCUCAAGUGUGGGAGCUUUGAAACCCUCGAGGGUUCCACUGGACAACAGUACAAGCAACAGGUGCCGGGAGAGGUUGCCGAGGAUCCCUAUUCUCACAUUGUUUGCGCUGUCCUGCAUCGUAUGCCACGUGUCUUUCGAAUCUUUACAGCACGAUCAGGUGAUAGCGGUAAUGUUAUCCAAGAAACCCCAAGCAAUUGGGUGAAGCGGAUGAGGCUCGAGCUUGGCAUGAUGUACGAUGACCUGUAUACUAAGUCCUGUGUGCUCAGAACAAGGAGUGGCAUCAUAUUGCGAUGCAUCUCUCAGGUGUCUGUUCUGGUUGCCUUGGUGCUCUUCCUCACGAGCGACAAACGGAGGUACAAUAGAGCCGACAUUGCAAUCACCUGGUCGCUCUUCGUAGGAUGCUUUUUGUUGGAAGUAUGUGCCAUGUUUAUUUUGAUAAUGUCACCAUGGUCCUGGGCGUGGUUGAAGAUGCGAAGGUGCAGCAUGCUUGCAAAGUUGUCCUGGUUUCUCCUGUGCAGUGGCAUUGGAUGGCCGGAGAGGAAGCCAUAUCUAAAUUCAAUUGGGCAGUACAACUUCCACAGGUGGUUGGAUGCAGGCAGCGACCAGCCAAGGUCAUAUGGUCGACGAGCAAUGACCACAGUGAUCAAAAGCUUGGUGAGUUUGGUUGGUGUCAAAGAGGAUAAAAUGUUGUUCUGGAUGAGCAGGUUGUUAGACACCGAGCACGUGGAGGCAGAUAAGGAUACGAUGGAGUGUGUUGUGAAGGGAAUUACUGACUUCGAUGCUGAGAUCAACAGAGAUCCCCGGCAUUGGCCAAAACUUGGCGGCAUAGUGCAAGAGCUACAAGACAUUCGUGAAGAUUUUGGUGGAAAGGUUGCCUUAGUGCAUUUUAUCACAGAGGCACACUUGAGAAAAUAUCCUCUUCAUCCUCCUUCGGACAUGGAGACAGACACAGGUACGAGCUGCAUUGUCUUGGUGGAAGUAUGUCGGAAACUAUCCAACUACAUGGCAUACCUUUUGGUCACCCACCCUUCGAUGCUGCCGCUCAAUGACAGCGCCUUAUAUACGCUGGAGAAAAUGGCACACUUGUUUCCACAUCUUAUAGAUGAGCAGCAGGAUUCUGAAGGUUUCUUCAACAUCGAGCCAAGCAUGGAAACACUGCAGGAGUUGGUAGACAUAUGGACGAAGCUGCUCAUCUAUGCGGCCACCAAGUCCCGGCCGGAGCUGCACGCGGCGCACUUGGCUAGAGGAGGGGAGCUUAUCACCUUCGCCUGGCUGUUCUUGAGCCACAACUUUUUGGGAGAUUCCGAGGUGAUCAAGGUGCAGCUUACCAAUGCCAAUCAAAGAGGGACGAUAGCAUACGUCUUCGGAAAUCCUGCACCAAGAUAAGAGCAUCAGAUCCAACACAAGCCCUGCAGAGUGCAGACUCCUCCGUUCUUCAUUCGAUUUGAUUUUAUUCCUCUUCUGUUUGCGUCUGGAGUAUCUCACGACACAAAACAGUACUGAAGUUUAUACAGUAUCGCAGCUGACAUCUAGAGGUAUGUGACAUUUUUUUUUUUGCAGUAAUGGCAUCACUUCAAAACUGAUGUAUUUGAGUGAAUAGGCAGUGCAAAAACAUUCCUUUGUUGUGGUAGCAUCAUUUAUACACUGCAGCUACAAUUGGGAUCCUUAGCUGUUACUGUACUAACUGAAGCCAGAAAAAGAACUUAAUUUGUCCAUGUGGGCAGAACAGGAA